AUGCAGCUUGACGAGCUAAGAAGAACCAUACCGAAUCAGAUUUACGAAAUUAAAGGACCGUCACCUCAUGUUAUUCGGAUAUCACAAAUGAAAAAGAGCCCUGACCACUGUACGCAACAUGAUAGUGGCUCAAAGACUAACUCCGAUUUUGAAGCAAUAAAGAUCGCCAAAAAGCAGUGCUCUUCUCCAGUAAAUUACUCUCAAACUAUAAAGCAUGAAAAUCAAGGAAGCCAGGAUAUAGAAGAUGCGCCACAAAUUCCAAAAGUUCACGAGAUUGCAAUCGACAGUAUCGUGCACUUAAAUGAGCAUGCUAACAAGUAUAUAAGCUCGUCCUCAGGGAAAAGGAAGAGAGUUGUGCAUUCAGGAAAGCUGAGGAAAUUUAUCGAAGGCUCUAGCAGAUUAAACUCUGCUCCUAUGUCGCCCAAAAUGACUGCUAAAUCUUCUAUGUCUAAACUUGCGGUCUCAGACUCAGAAAUCUCUAGAUCCCCAUCUCCUUGGUCUCGAGAUUAUUCUGUGCCUCAGAAUAAAGCGAGUUCCGUUGAUCGGAUUUUGCCCAGAAGAAAAGGUGCUGACAAAUUCAGAGCUAAUGAUGAUGAGGAUGACUCUUGUCAGCUUACAAGACAACAAAGAUUACAUCCAGACUUUAAUUUAAACAACGGUUUUCGCACCGGAAUCUCCACAGCUAGAAACGAAUCUGACUUGGCUAAAUCAUUCCUUCAGAACUCACCAAAAUCUUGGGCUAUCAGUCGAAAUUACUCGUUACAAAGCCCUCAUUCUCCCAAUUAUCUAAACUAUAAAAAAAAGACUGUACCUAUACCCUUGCAGCCGACAGAAAACUAUUCUGAUGACUCUUCUGCCAGUGGUGAAUCUAGACCUUCGAAUUCGCGCAAAAGGCAUACGAAUACAAAUACUCGAGAUCCAUCGAUUCCAUCAGCAAAAAUUAUACCACACAAAAAACAUGUUAACUGCUCAGGCCAGACGCCUCUUGCAGUUGCUUGUGCUCGUGGAAAAUUAGAACUUGUUCAAAAGCGAUACAAAGAGUGCCCGCUAGAUAUCAACGUCCCAGAUAACGCAAUGAAUACACCGCUUCAUAUUGCUAGUCUAGAGGGCUGGACUGAUAUAGUUAGGUUCUUAGUGGAUACGGGAAAGUGUGAGCUAGACUGCGUGAAUACAGUAAAAGAUACUCCACUGCAUGAUGCAAUCGACAAUGGAAACUUUAAGGUAGUCAAAAUACUACUAAGUGCUGGCGCAAAUCCCAGCAAGCCUAAUCAAGCAGGGAACGAACCUCUUGAUUUGCUCAAUCAACAAUUUGGCUCGAAAGGCAAAGAGGUCGAGGUGAUUGUAAAAGAAAUAAAACAGGCAAUUAUUUCUGCCCGAGAGAGAUUUUGUUUCGAUGGAAAUAAGAACUUUGAAGAGUUUCAGGUCCUUGAGCGUAAUAGCUCUCAUACAAUUAACAUUAAAUCUAGCCCUCAGACGACACCGACGCACAAUGAGUCCCACAAUACUGGCUCAGCCAGUAGAAAAGCUGGCACUGCACGAUCCCUGAUGAAAACAACAGAGCGUGUUCUCUACCAAGCAUUCGAUCUGGAUGCCUUACGAGUUGCCGCACGAGAUGGGGACUUAGCCUCUGUAUCUCGAGUGCUGGAUGUAAGACCGGGCUUAAGCGACGCAAAAACAUUGUAUAACGCUGCAAAAGGUGGCCAUGACGCCGUUAUCAAUCUACUGUUUGCACUGGGUGACUUUGAACCCGACCCCGAACCAGCAAAUGACUUACCUAUUGAUUACUCAACCCCAAUACUUGCUGCUAUCGGCAAGGAUAAUCAUCUGGAGGUCAUUAAGUUGUUUUUAGGAAACUCGAGGUUUAAUCCAUCCCGAAAAAUCAAGGGUGAGGCAUAUUAUGAUAUUGCCAAACGAAGGGGUGGCCCCAAUUGCCAAAAAGAGGUAGAACUAUUUAAGAAAGCGUUGUAUGCAUACAAAAAGUCGCAUAAUCACUUGCGGGACAUGGAUGAUGUUUCUGGAAUAGGGUUAACUGAUUUAGAAACAAGCUUCAGUUCAAGGAAAAUUAAGAGGGAGGAUCAACCUGCAAGUAGAGCUCUUAAAAACUUACCAAGUCCUAGGUCUAAAUAUCCUGAGGAUCUCAAACCGCAAACUCGGAGAUCACAUGGUACAUUACACCCCCACGAUGCCGAAGGAUUCGAAAAAAAAGCUUUCGAGAGAUCCCGAGGUGGAGAUGAUUCUUCUCACAUGCCUCUAGAACGUGAAGUCAGCCCUCUAGGGAUUUUUAAGCAGAAGUCGCUGUCUCGAAAGUCUGAAUCCGACUUGACAACAAUUCCUGAAAUUGAAACUGCGUUGAAGCCUCGCAGAAAGCUCAUGUCUGGAAAGGAUAUAAAAGAUGAAAAAGAACUAGGAAAACAACGAAGAACAACUUCUGUACCGACGACAUCCAGCGCCUCUCGGAUAUGGGCUCGAGAAAAAAAUGAGCGGAUUCAUAUAGGCCCAAGAUCAAGCUCAAACGAUUCUCCAAGUAGUAAAGGGCAUAGACAAUCAUCUAGCGAGCGAGAAUCGACAUCUGUAAGACAGAUAUCCGAAGCUGAACCGCAUAGGUCCAUCUCAAGAGAUAAAUUGAAAGAAGGUCUUUCGGCCAAUCGUAGCGAAGUCCCGGCUAAAAGAUUACGAGCAAGUGACCCUCAAACUAACCCGAAAAUUUUUGAAGAAUAUACAGGUGAAAAGUACAUUGAAGCACCAUCUAGAAAGAAAAGAAAGUUCGGGGGAGAAGUGUUUACUUUUAGCAAAUCCAAUUCGACAGAUUCGUCAGAGAACAAUUUAAAGCCUAACGAUGCAUCUCUCAGAGACCUAGAUAAAAGAAAAGGCAUAACUAGUCCCGGUAUUAAAGUAAAGGAGCCUCCUAAUCCAAAAUCUGAGAGAUCAUUAAGUGUGACAAAGCCAGUUAUUAACUACGAUAAACCCUCAUCUAACUUUUCAAAAUUAUGUGUUGCUCAAAAUUUCGAUGGCUCUUCUAAGAAGGUGAGUUCUAAUGAUUAUAAUACCAAACUUAAAGAUCUAAAUAUCAACGACUCUCAAAUACCAAAAAAAGGAUUAAAAGAUGACAAAGAAACUGCAGAUAGAGUUAAUUUCAAGCGUGAAAAGUUGCAACUUGAGAUAACUAAUCGAACUGGAACUAAUGAAGCUACUCAUCGAGAGUAUCCACAACAGAAAACUUCACUUGAAAGAUCUAAACAUCUCCAGUUUGAAGAAUCAGUGAAAAGCCAGCGCCAAGCUAUUGAGACGGAAGCUCAAAAUCGGGCUGAAGGACAAAAAACCCAACACCAAGAUCAAAAGGUGGCGGAGCAGCAGCAACAAAAGGAUCUCCAAAAGUCUACUAUGCAUGAACAGCGCGCUGAACCAUCAAAAACUGAGGAAGGAUAUCAGCGACUAUUAAUACCAACAACUCCUGUCUUGCUUAAAUGGUUCAACCAAACCCCCGAUCUAAAAACGACUGAGGUUGCAAAACUAUUCAGUGAAAUCGCUGGAUAUAGAUAUAAAUAUAAUACGGCUGAAUCUACCGAUAAAUUUGAUUGUGAAGACGAAUGGAUGCUUAAUACUCACGCUGCUAUUCUACUUGGAGAAAAAGAUUUACGACUUUCACGAUACACGGCGUGGGAACGCGUAGUCUUAACGAAAUCACAAAAGAGAGGCGUUUGGAGUACGUGCAAUGGGCUGUUCCUUCUAUUGGACGGAGGUCUACCACGUUUACGAAAGCAGCUACCUCGUGACUCGCGACCUAUGUACCAAGUAAUCGAGAGAGCCAAGAGUCAAUUUCUUGACCUUGAUCUAUUUUUUGUCAAAGUAUCUGAGUUUAUGAAUGUCGUGCCUGAAUUUCCUCAUUUGAAAGGUAUAGAGAUGGCAGUUCUCUACAGGGAAAUUUGCAUUCCUCAGGAGUCUCAAAAUAAUCAUCUUCCCAAAACGAACUGGCAGCUUGAUCCGACAAUUAGGACUUCCAAUAACCUGAUACCAUCGCCCAAGUACUACACCGAUGGUAUUCUAAUUAAUCAGAAAGGAGAUACAACUACUCGUAUCUUACGAGGGGCACCACCACCGGAUAUUCACCCUAGACGAAUGGGAUUAUCAAGGGUGUUCCCUGAAGACUCCGACUACGAAGAAGUGUGCAAUAAUCGAAGACUGCGUACUUAUAGCUCUGACUCGAAGAUGCUAAUGAAUUAUCCAACCAAUCAUUUCCAAUCAAAUGUCUCUGAAACCCCCAUUGAGAACUCCAACGCAAGUGGUACUAGCUGCGACUACUAUUCUAUCUCAGAGACUAGCACUCUGCAACCAGCGGUUAAAGGAGCCUAG